UUUCAAAUACAUGUYUCAUCCUAGUARACAAAAUUACRCUUAAGCAKAUAAUAGUUUUAAAAAUGUAUAUACAUAGUGUAUUUUUGAAUAAAACAAGGUAUUCCCUCGAGAUAUAUGACCUGUAAAUUGUAAAUUAUGGAUGGAAAGAAAGUUUCAACACACCAUAUAAGACAGAAUUAUUGCAGGAAUCGUUUAGAAUACCGAAGAGGUCGGCGGUUAAGAGCUGUUAAGGYCUACACUGUAGCAAAUGAAUCAAAACACCUUCUAGUAUUUGGGGUGCCCAGGAUUAAUUUAAAACAAGAGAUCAAGUGUAAACUCAAACGCUGUGGAAAUAUUGAAUUCCUACAAUGUGUUACAGAGGAGAUGGCAAUAAAAGUGGAGUUGGAAGCCUUUACUGACGUGUACCACGUAAAAUUUACAAAAGUGCAGACAGCGCGCUUUGCUAAGCGGUAUUUAGAUGCACAAGAAUUUUAUGGCGGUAUACUUCAUAUAUCGUAUGCUCCGGAGUACGAAACCACGAAUGAACUUCGAGAAAAACUCUUACAGAGAAAAGCUGAAAUUAAACACCGGCAACAAGUCAACGAAAAAGUGGCAAUAAUAAUGUCAACUGAUGCUCAGUGUAGUGAACCGUUAGAUAAGAAGAGAAAGGAGCCUUAAGAAACUGGCAAUUGCCUGGUAUAAACGUAAAAUAGAAAUACUAUAUAACUAAGACUAACAAAUAGYCGAGCGAUUUGGAAAUAUAAGAUUUGCUUUUAUUUGUUUUUGCCUCAUGAAAAAACGUUAUCGAUUUAAAUACAUAAGUAUGCAUAAAAAUA